UUGCGGUUCGAGGAAAUGAGCAAGACAAUUAAGCUCUACGGGUUUGCUUCAGCCGUAACAGUCGACGAAGUGAGGCAACUCCUCGAGAACUACACUGGUGAAGGAACCGUGGAGACUGUAAAAGUUAGUCACAAAGAAGGCUCGAGAUCUUUCGCCAAGGUACAAUUCAAAAACAUGGAAGAUGUGGAAAGGAUCUUGUCGUGGACCUCAAGUCAAGCACUUUGGCACAACGAGUCUUAUUUGAAAGCCUGGUCAAUGAAACACGACAUCAUCCCACAAAAGCCCAGGUUUGAUCUCCACAGCAUUGAUGACUUGAUGUUACAUUUUGGUAGUCCAGCUUCAAAAGACAAAUUCAUUGUGCUUUGGAACCAAUCUCAUGUUUCGUUCAAGUAUGGUCAAAAAUUGGACAAGUUAUACUUCUUUCUGUCUUACAACGGUGUCGACUACAAGCUCGAGCUUUACAAUGACAACGUUUGGCAGAUGGUGUUACAUUAUGUGCCUGAUCACACCAAGAAAUGUUUGCUCAUUCAGUUACUUGGAGCCCCUAGGAUCUAUGAAAAAGAUCCAUCAAUUGCUCUCAGCUCUUCCAAGGAACUCACAGACGAGGAGCAAUGGGUCAGAGAAGUAGAUUUUACACCAGGCCAUUGUAUUGGUCAAUCAUUCGGCAUGUGCAUAGAGCUUCCUCGAUCAGUUCAGCUCCCAAGGUUCGACACCAGUUUUUAUUACAAGAAAAUCGAAGACAAUUUCGUCAUCGAACCCGGCUCCCCAUUUUCAUCCAGCACCGAUCUUGUCCCCAUAAUAACCCCACCACCAGGCUUUGAUUUGCCUUACAACAUCCUGUUCAAAGUGAAUGCUUUGCUCCAGCACGGUUACUUGCCUCCCACGGCACUUGAUUCGAGGUUCUUUGAGCUUGUUGAUCCCUGCAGGAUAGAAACUUUAUUCAUAGAACAUGCAUUGGAGAAAAUGUUUGGUUUCAAAGAUUGUUGUUAUGAUCCAGUCAAGUGGCUGAAUGAUCAGUACAAGGAGUAUCGUAAGCCCGAAAAGCGUCCUCGACCACCCAAACUCGAUGAAGGGUUAGUAGCGGUAAGGAGGAUUCAACUGACGCCGUCUAAAGUGUAUUUCAGCGGUCCAGAUGUUAAUCUUUCAAACAGGGUCCUUCGUAAGUAUAUUAAAGAUAUUGAUAACUUUUUACGAGUUUCUUUCGUUGACGAGGAGCUUGGGAAGAUACAUUCAACGGAUUUGUCGUCGAGUACAUCUAGUACCGAUGGGAAGCCUACUAGGAUAUUUCAGAGGAUAUUAACAACUUUGAGAAACGGGAUACUUAUUGGCGAUAAGAAAUUUGAGUUUCUUGCUUGUUCAACUAGUCAGCUAAGAGAGAAUUCAAUCUGGAUGUUCGCAUCCAAGCCUGGGCUUACUGCUGAUGAUAUAAGAGGACAAAUGGGUCAUAUUCAUGUUAUUAGGAAUGUGGCGAAAUAUGCAGCUAGGUUAGGCCAGUCUUUAAGCUCAUCGAGGGAAACAUUAGAAGUUCGUCAGGAUGAAAUCGAGAUAAUUCCCGACAUUGAAGUUGAAACCGGUGGGACUAAGUAUACCUUCUCCGAUGGUAUCGGGAAAAUAUCGGCUAAACUUGCUAAGCAAGUAGCAUGGAAAUGUGGCUUGAGACAUACUCCAUCUGCGUUUCAAAUUCGAUAUGGUGGUUACAAAGGAGUUGUAGCUGUUGAUCCCUCAUCAUCGGUGAAGUUAUCGUUAAGGAAAAGUAUGCAGAAGUUCGAAGCGGACUCUACGAGUCUUGAUGUUUUGUCUUGGAGCAAGUACCACACUUGUUACCUUAAUAGACAAAUAAUCAUACUUAUGUCGACACUUGGGGUCAAGGAUAGUGUUUUCGAGGCGAAGCAGAAAGCGUUUUUGGCUCGACUGGAUGCAAUGUUGAUGGAUCCAGAAAAGGCAAAGGAGGCAAUGGAAAGCAUACACCAUGGUGAAAUUGUAAGGGUUUUAAGAGAAAUGCUUUUGUGCGGCUACAAACCGGACUCGGAACCAUUCCUUUCAAUGAUGCUACGAACGAUCCGUGCGUCGAAGCUGCUAGAUCUAAGGACUAGAACAAGGAUUUCGAUUGACAAAGGAGGAAUUCUGAUGGGGUGCUUAGAUGAAACAGGGACACUUGAAUACGGUCAAGUGUUUGUCCAAUACUCAACUAAACCAAGCCAAUCUUCGAGCGGCGACGGAAGGUCAUACCAAAACUGCCAUGUUGUGGAAGGGAAGGUCGUCAUUGCCAAAAAUCCGUGUUUGCACCCCGGUGACCUACGAGUUCUGGAGGCCGUGGAUGCCGUCGUUCUGCGUCACAUGGUGGAUUGCGUUGUUUUCCCACAGAAAGGCCAUAGACCCCAUCCGAACGAAUGUUCAGGAAGCGAUCUGGAUGGCGAUCUAUAUUUCGUUUCUUGGGAUGAAGAUCUCAUUCCCCCCUGCAGAUUUCCUCCCAUGGAUUAUGGUGCUGCACAAAGUGCCCUGUUAGACCAUGAUGUUACCAUAGAGGAGGUGGCGGAGUAUUUCACAAACUAUAUUCUCAAUGACAGCUUGGGCAUCAUUUCUAAUGCCCACACGGUGUUCGCCGAUAAGGAGCCCACAAAGGCACUUAGCGAACAAUGCAUCGAGCUUGCCAAGCUAUCGUCCGUCGCGGUCGACUUCCCCAAAACCGGCAUUCCAGCCAAAAUACCCCACCGUUUACGCGCCAAAGAAUACCCGGAUUUCAUGGAAAAGCCUGACAAGUUCACCUACGAAUCACAGUCCGUGAUCGGCCAGCUCUACCGCGAGGUGAAAAGCAUCGAAGCCGAGGUUAGUACCAGUAAACACUUCACCAAGUCAAUAGCGACACGUUCGUAUGACCCCGAUAUGGAAUUCGAAGGCUUUCUAGCCUAUGUCAAUGAUGCAGUUCAUCACAAGAAACAAUAUGAUUAUAAACUAGCUAACCUAAUGCGUACCUACGGGGUCAAAACCGAGGCCGAGAUUAUCGGCGGUUGUAUCUUGAAAUUAGCUAAAUCUUUCGAUCGGAAAGUCGAUUUAGAAGCGGUAAAUUUAGCUGUGAGAUCAUUGAGAAGAGAAGCCAAGAGUUGGUUCAAUGAGAAAGCAAGUCCUAGUGUAGAGGAUGUGUUUGCAAAAGCUUCAGCUUGGUACCACGUGACAUACCAUCCAAGUUUUUGGGGUUCAAAUAACAAUGAGGCUGAUCAAGAACAUUUCAUUAGCUUUCCUUGGUGUAUAUAUGGUAAGCUUCUUCAAAUUAAGAGGGAGAAAAUUAGGGAAAAUUCUUCGCAAGAUUCUGAAUCCCUAGUAAUUAAAGUCAAGAAUGAGGAGUUGAUUUCUGAUGAGAAACCUCGUGUGGAGAAAAUUAUGGAAACGUCUUCGCAAGAUUUUGAUUCCCUAGAAGUUAAAACCGAAAGUGGAGAAUUGAUUUCGAAACCUAAUAGGCAGAAGAACAGGGAAAAAGAAGGUUCUUUAAAAGUUUCUAAAACCUUAGAAAUUCUUUCCCCAGAAGUUAAAACCAGGGAGUUGAAUUUUGAUGGAAAACCUGGAAUGGAGAAAAUUAGGGAAAAACCUUUAAGAGAUUCCUCAGAAAUUAAACCUAAAAAAGUUGAAGAUCAGUCCAAAUCUGAUGAAAAACCUAGUGGAUGGAGUUCGUGUUCUUGCAUGUAAAUAAGGCAUUUCGAAAGUCUUGCAUGCCUGUGUGUCACGGCUUGAGGCUUCUUGUUGUGCGUCUUGAUGCAUUACUAUUGGCCUCAACACGUGAAUUGUGAGAUGUGUAUGUUUGUAAAUAAAUAAACUCUUUUAACAGUAUAUUUCUAACAAAAUAAUAUUCAAGAAAAAUUAUGAUUAAGUACUUAUUUAGUUAAUAAA